AUGAUCCACUCGGUGAAGCUGCGCCGCAACAGCGCGGCCGACUUCGUCUCGCACUAUGAGUACCUGUGCGCGCUGCAGGACUCGGUGCCUCUACCCGCCGUGCGCGCUUCACUGCGGGAGGGCGUGCUGGACUUCAACGCCGACCGCCUCCGCGCGGUGGACUGGGCGCCGCUCCUGAGCACCCUCAAGAUUAAUAAAGAUCUGCCCCUGAUCUGUAUCAAGAGCUUCUUCCAGCCAUGGCUUGGCGAGACAGGUUCUGACAGAAAUAAAGUUUACAGAAGUCGUGUUCCUGCGAUAAGAAAUAAAGAUGUGACCUUCCAGUUGUGUAAAGCUCUUAAAUGCUGUGUAAGUGCGUCGGGUGCGCUAAGGAACCUGGAGCUAAAUGGCCUAGUUCUGAGAGAGAGAGACUUAACUAUGUUAACAAAGGGAUUGAAUAAAUCGGCCACUUUGGUGCACCUGUGUCUUGCGAAUUGUCCAAUUGGAGAUGGAGGUUUAGAAAUUAUUUGUCAAGGUAUAAAGAACUCUAUCACUCUUAAGACAGUAAACUUCACGGGGUGUAAUCUGACAUGGCAGGGAGCAGAUCACAUGGCCAAGAUCUUAAAGUAUCAGACUAUCAGAAGGCAUGAAGAAACCUGGGCUGAGAGUCUUCGUUACAGGAGACCUGACCUUGACUGUAUGGCUGGUUUGAGGCGCAUCACUCUGAACUGCAACACGCUUAUUGGUGACCUGGGUGCAAAUGCUUUUGCAGAAUCUCUUAGUGAGGAUUUAUGGCUUAGAGCACUUGACCUGCAGCAGUGUGGCCUCACCAGUGAAGGAGCAAAGGCUUUACUAAAGGCCCUUGAAACCAACAGAACUCUGGUCGUUUUGGAUAUAAGAAAAAAUCCACUUGUUGAUCAUUCUGUGAUGAAAUCAGUUAUCAAAAAAGUUCUCCAGAAUGGAAGGAGUGCCAAGUCAGAGUACCAGUGGAUAACUUCUCCAUCUGUGAAGGAACCAUCCAAAGCUGCCAGACAGAAAAAGAGAACUAUAAUUUUGGGAAGUGGUCGAAAAGGAAAAGCUACUAUUAGAAUUGUUGGCUUGGCUGCAAAGAAACCUGUUAGUAGUGGAAGGAAACACUCUGCUGGUAAAGAAUGUUAUGCUCCUGAACCUCUACCACCUGGUGUGUCUGGUUUCCUGCCGUGGCGUACUGCAGAACGUGCAAAAAGGAACAGGGGUUUUCCAUUCAUCAAAGCUCGUGAUGUAUGUAAUCAGUUGCAGCAGUCAGAAUUUCCUGUGACUGUGACAGUAGAGAGUCCUUCCUCCUCAGAAAUCGAAGAGGUCGAUGAUUCCUCAGAAAGUGUUCAGGAAGAGCCAGAGAAAAUCAGUUUGAAACAAGAAGCAUUGCAGGAAAAACUGGAGGAGUGCCUAAAGCAGUUAAAGGAGGAAAGAGUAAUAAGACUUAAGGCUGAUAAACGAGUCAGUGAGCUGGAACAUGAAAACGCCCAGUUAAGAAAUAUAAAUUUCUCUUUGUCUGAAGCCCUUCAUGCACACUCAUUGACAAGCAUGAUCCUGGAUGAUGAAGGUGUUUUGGGCAGCAUUGAGAAUUCUUUUCAGAAGUUCCACGCUUUCUUGGAUCUCCUUAAAGAUGCUGGGCUUGGGCAGCUGGCCACAAUGGCUGGUAUAGAUCAGUCAGAUUUUCAUUUACUAGGUCGUCCCCAGAUGAAUUCUGCUGUUAGUAGUCCACCUAAAGAAGACAAGAAGGCACUUGAAGAAGAAAAAUCAGAAUCAAAGCAGAGUGCCCCAGGACAAAUGCAAAAUAUCCAAGUUUCUAUUUGUAUGCAGUCAGCUUACAAUGAAGGAACACUAAUGAAGUUUCAGAAAAUUACAGGUGAUGCUAGGAUUCCUUUGUCUCUCGACUCCUUCCAGGUCCCAGUCUCUACUCAGGAGGCCUUAGAAACUUCCAAAGAUAACCUGGAGUUCCCAGUCACAGAGCAGCGGCAGGAGUCUUUUGAAGAUUUCAUUGCUAGAACAUGUCCUCCUUCAGCAGACGUCAUUUCUGAAUCUGGAAGUCAAAGAAAAGAAGAGGAAUUACCUAGAAAUAGCAGGUCUUCUUCAGAGAAAAUGAGCAGAGCAUAAUAUACCAAAAACUACUCUGCUAAGAAACAACCUGGGAAGGACCUGCAUUCCUGCUCUGACUCACCUGAAGGGGACCUCCCUGUUUCAGCACCCCAUGUGGAUCCCCACUGGAGUUCUUCUGAGAAGAACACUUCUGUGGAAAAGUUUGAGCCGCGCUGGAUCUGCGCCCGGCCUGGCUCUGGGCCUCUCCCCUGGCUUGGGCUGAGGCUCCUCAGGGGUAUCGCGUUCUUGUUAAUAUCUGCUCACGUUUCUAAACUCACAGCUUGUCAGCGCCUACACAACCUGAGAGAGAACCUCAUCCCCCACCCACCCACCCCCGGCCCAUAG